AUGCUUGCAAAGCCGGCACCGCGUCCACCGCUGACGGGCGUGCUAACACCGGUGUGGCCUAUUCUACGAGUAGCGCGAAACACUCCAAUUAGACCAGCCAAAGUCCCGCGAUACUUCUACGAGGAGAAUCUCCGUCAUGUGACAAUUCUCUUCAAAGCCAUGGAGAUUCCACUACGAGCUCGCUCGGCUAUCAAAUCGCAGCAGGCCAUAGCAGCCAAAACGGCAGAUGCUGUCAAAGAACGCAAGGCCCCAGCAACACAGUCCAGUAUUGUGUAUCGACCACACCGAGAGCGCGAUGCCAAGACGGUGGCAAGAACACUUGGGCAGGUCACAGAACGAGUGCCUCGGGGAGAUUCUUCAAGAGGGGAAACACUCGAAGGUUCCUUUCCUGCAUCUCAGCAGGCCUUUGCAGCCCCAAAACCAAAGGUAAACAGGAGUCGCGCAGACCACAUGAGACGAGAAAGCGAAGAAGAAGGCGAAUCCCAAUGGGAACCAAAGGCAAGCAGCACGGAAGGGGUACCGCAAGCAACAGAGAAAGAGCGGCGCGGGGGUCUUCCCCACAGAGUCGACAACGAACAGGAUGCCGCCGACAGAGAGUACCCCCCAUCAGAGCUCUCUGAAGCUGCUUCGGCCACCGCUGCCGCCAUUGGAGAUUGUUUGCGUCGCAUCCAAAGUAGCAUCUGCCCCAACGACAUAUGUUCACCCGUCGACAACCAGCGUUCGACCUUCGAUGCAGUGAAGGACUUGCUAUUCAAGGUGAUGGCUACCUACAUUGACGAAUGUCGCUAA